CGCAAAAAAGGGUGGGGCCGUCUCUCUGCAGCAGAAGACGACGGCGGCAGCGGCUGCGGCAUCACCGGGGGUAUAGCUACGGCGGAGGCCGUUUUGCUCUCUGCUCUGUCUGGGUUGGAGGUGACCGCUGCCAAGCCUCGCUAGGCGGCCGGCUGAACCAGACGGAAAGGAGAUAAAAAACCUGCUUGCGGAUCCUUCCCAGCCCUCUCGCUGCGCCAUGGCUUAAGCCCACAGCCUCUUUGCCAAGCAUCUCCUUGCUCGGCCGGGGUCUGCUAGACACCGCAGUCGCAGAGAGGGCGCGCCCAGACGCCCUAGGCCUGGACUCUGGGACGCUGAGCCUCGCUCCUAUUCUUCACUGCCCACAGCAGGUCCUCUGCAGCAGGCGUUUGCAGCCGGCAAUCCAGGGACUUUACGGACUUUAUCUCAGCGGUACCUUGUCCCCGGGUGCUCUCUGAGGGAGGAGGACGAGGCAAAGGGCUUCUAAGGGGAGGAAGCGGUGGGAACCACAUUGGCGGGUCUGGGUUGGGGUUAAAGGGAGAUUGGAGAUUUGAUUUAGGACCACAAAAAAAGGCUUUGUGGCUAACAUGGCGUGGCCGUGCAUCACAAGGGCCUGCUGCAUCGCCCGCUUCUGGAACCAGCUGGACAAGGCGGACAUUGCGGUGCCGCUGGUUUUCACCAAGUACUCGGAGGCCACCGAACACCCAGGCGCCCCUCCGCAGCCGCCAGCUCCGCUGCAGCCCGCGUUAGCGCCCCCCUCGCGUGCUGUCGCCAUAGAGACGCAGCCAGCCCAGGGAGAGUCGGAUGCAGUUGCCCGGGCAACAGGGCCAGCGCCCGGGCCCAGCGGCGACCGCGAGACUGCAGCCGCCCCCGGCCGGAGCGGGCUGGGCUUGGGCGCGGCCUCGGGCUCCACUUCCGGCUCAGGCCCCGCGGACUCGGUAAUGCGACAGGACUACCGCGCCUGGAAAGUGCAGCGGCCCGAGCCAAGCUGCCGGCCGCGCAGCGAGUACCAGCCGUCCGACGCCCCCUUCGAGCGCGAGACCCAGUACCAGAAGGACUUCCGCGCCUGGCCGCUGCCCCGGCGCGGGGACCAUCCCUGGAUCCCCAAGCCGGUGCAAAUCCCUGCGACUUCGCAGCCUUCCCCGCCUAUUCUCGGGGUGCCCAAGCGUCGGCCUCAGAGCCAAGAGCGCGGGCCCAUGCAACUUUCUGCUGAUGCCCGGGACCCGGAGGGUGCUGGAGGAGCCGGGGUGCCGGCGGCGGGAAAGGCGUCCGGUGUAGACCAGCGCGACACUCGUAGGAAGGCAGGACCAGCAUGGAUGGUGACUCGCACCGAAGGGCACGAGGAGAAGCCUCUGCCCCCAGCUCAGUCCCAGACCCAGGAGGGUGGUCCUGCAGCUGGAAAGGCAUCCGGUGCAGACCAGCGCGACACACGUAGGAAGGCAGGACCAGCAUGGAUGGUGACUCGCACCGAAGGGCACGAGGAGAAGCCUCUGCCCCUAGCUCAGUCCCAGACCCAGGAGGGUGGUCCUGCAGCUGGAAAGGCAUCCGGUGCAGAUCAGCGUGACACACGCAGGAAGGCGGGACCCGCAUGGAUGGUGACUCGCACGGAAGGGCACGAGGAGACGCCGCUGCCACCCGCCCAGUCCCAGACCCAGGAGGGCGGCCCCGCAGCUGGAAAGGCAUCUGGUGCAGACGAGCGCGACACUAGGAGGAAGGCGGGGCCGGCCUGGAUGGUGCGUCGCUCGGAGGGGCACGAGCAGACACCUGCUGCCCAUGCCCAAGGCACAGGGCCCGAAGGAGGCAAGGGGCGCGCGGUGGCAGAUGCCCUCAACAGGCAAAUCCGGGAGGAGGUGACGAGUACAGUAAGCAGCUCCUACAGGAAUGAGUUCAGAGCAUGGACAGACAUCAAGCCUGUGAAACCCAUCAAAGCCAAGCCCCAGUACAAGCCCCCAGAUGACAAGAUGGUUCACGAGACCAGCUACAGUGCCCAGUUCAAAGGGGAGGCCAAUAAGCCCAGUGCAGCGGACAACAAGGCCACAGAUCGCAGAAGAAUACGAAGCCUCUACAGUGAGCCUUUCAAGGAAUCCCCGAAGGUAGAGAAACCUAGUGUUCAGAGUUCCAAACCAAAAAAGACCUCAACGAGCCAUAAACCCCCAAGGAAGGCCAAAGACAAGCAGGUGGUGUCGGGCCAGGCUGCCAAGAAAAAGACCACAGAGGGCCCCAGUGCUACCAAACCCGACGACAAGGAGCAAAGCAAAGAGAUGAACAAUAAACUGGCUGAGGCGAAAGAGAGCCGGGUCAAACCCACCAGUGAUGGACAUAAGAACCGAGGUCCUGUAACCAAAGAGCCACACAAGGAUCAAGGCCCUGUGGCCCCAGAUCUUCCGAAAGGCCAAGGUCCUGUGGUCCAAGAGCCUUUGAAGGAUCAAGGCCCCGUGGUGCCAGGACUGCCAAAAGAUCAAGUUCCUGUAGUCCCAGGGUCCUUAAAGGGUCAGAGCCCUACAGCCCCGGGCCCUACAAAGGAUCAAGGUGCUGUGCUCUUAGGGCCCAUCAAGGUUCAAGACCACAUGGCAUCUGAGCUUUUAAAGAAUAAAGAUUCUGUCCCCUUAGCACCAGCCAAAGCCCAAAGCCCUUUGUUGCCAGAGCCUCUGAAGAAUCAGAGCCCCGUGGUUCCAGCAAGAGCCAAGGAUCAAAGCUCCCCAACACCAGCACCUCGGAAAGACCCAGGUCCUGUGAUCCCCGAGCCUGAGAAGGUUCAAGUUCCCACGGUCCCAGAGCGUAGGAAGGACCAGCAUGUCUCCAUCAUGGCAUCUUUGAAGAACGAAGCUCCUGUGGUCUCCGAGUCUGUGAAGAAUCAAGGCUUAGUAGGCCCAGAGCCAGUCAAAGAUACAGGUACAGAUACAGCAGCCCCCGGGCAUCUGAAGGGACAUGAUUCUGUGUUUAUAGCACCUAUGAAGAACCAAGGUCCAGUGGUCCCUGAGCCAGUGAAGAGCCAAGACCCCAUUAUCCCAGCACUAGCCAAGGACCAAGGACCCAUGCUCCCGGAGCCUCCAAAGAAUCAAAGCCCUGUGGUCCUUGGGCCUAUAAAGAAUCAAGACCCUAUAAUCCCAGUACCUCCGAAGGGUCAGGAUCCCCUGGUGCCAGCCCCAACAAAGGACCAAGGUCCUACAGCCCCUGACCCUCUGAAGACUCAAGGUCCCAGAGGCACUCAACUGCCCACAGUCUCACCUUCACCCCCAGUCAUGAUCCCAACAGUUCCCCAUACGGAAUAUAUUGAGGGAUCCCCUUGAUUCCCCAAAAUGCCAUGAAGGAGCUGGCAGUGGAAGUGCUUCCCUCCUGGGGAGGCAAAGUCAUAUAUUUAAUCUGCAUGAAACUGUGCUGUAUAGUCUUACUGGAAUCUAAUAA